AUGGGCAACUUUCUUUCGAAGAUCGGAGCUGCCACUGGACGAUGGAUAUUUUUCUUUUUCACUUCGAAAUUCGGCGAAGACACGGUAUCAUCUGAUGCUCAAAAAGGAGAUUUCUUCCAAAAAGUCCUCAUUUACAGCAAACAAGAUUUAAAGGUCAUCAAGCGUGGGAUGGUCUUCAUCGAUCCUGGAAAUUAUGGACCAAACCUGAUCACCGACGAGGCGAUGCGUUAUGUACACGGCCAGCCGACAGAUUCCAAAUGGACCAUCAGGACCUAUGAUGGCGACGAGAAGGAAGUUGGUGGAGAGAAGGAAGUUGACGGAGAGGUUGAAUUGAGCUUUUCUGGCCUUGGACCAAAGACCAGAUUCUACACUAACACAUUCCGCCAUGUGCCCCACAUCAUCGAUGGCAUUGACAUGGUCCUCAAUCAUGAUUUUUACGUUGCAGUGUUUCCGGACAAGAUCCCACCUAUGUUAAUGAUGAGAUCGGGGGCAAAGAAAGAGUCUCAAGGCAUAACCCUGUUUAUUACUCACUCUUGA